UGGGUUCUGUACAGAAUGGCCUCCGCGAUCCUCCUGAAGAACGGUACACUUCUCCUCCACGAUGCGAAUGACGUCGUUCAUGCAUCGAAAGAGGACCUUUUAAUCGAGAAGUCGCAAAUCACUAAGAUCGCUCCGAACAUUGAACCGCCAUCGUCCGACACAAUAAUCAUAGACUGUACGGACAAAAUUGUCUCGCCAGGGUUCAUCGACACCCACCAUCAUGUAUGGCAGACUUGUCUGAAAGCCACGCACCCAAACCACACCCUCUUCGAUUACUUCCCCACUGGCAAUUUCGUCAGUUCUUUCGUAUCAGCCGACGAGACCUUCUGGGGUCAGCUAGCCGGUGCGCUGGAGUGUAUCGACAGUGGAACAACGACUGUAGUGGACCAUGCUCAUAUCAAUAUUACGCCGGAUCAUUCUAAAGAAGCUAUCCGGGCAACCAUCUCCUCUGGAAUCAGGUCAAUCUUCGGGUACUGUCCCACUGCCCGGGUAACCCAAUGGAGCCCCAAGUUUGAAAUAGCCCCAGAUCCACUCGCCCCAUGGGUCAUGGAAACAUUUGACCAACUCGCGGCUAUGAACCCACUUGGUCCAUCUGGACGAGUCCGGCUGGGAUUCGCCUUCGAUAUGCUCUAUCUCCCCGGGGAGGUCCUGAAGGAAGUAUACGGACGAGUCCGUCGCGCCGGGGCGCAGCUCAUCACUUCCCAUUCAGUUUACGGCGUUGCGUUCGGAGGUCCGAAUGCCCCAUCGGCGGCUAAUCAACUCGAUUCCCACGGCCUCUUAGGCCCUGACAUCCUACUAUCACACAACACCAACCCCAAACCAGAACACACCCAACUAAUCCGUGACAAAGGAGCGAAGAUCUCUAGCACGCCCAUCACUGAACUCCAGAUGGGUCACGCAACCCGGUCUGCCUCUAUCCCGAGUACCAGCAUAUAUCAUCUCUGGGAAUCGACUGCCAUAGUGUCUUGGGCACGCGCAAGACGACACGAGGAGUUCGAAGCGCACAGCAAGUGGGCGAAGGAUGUAGGGAGCAGUGUAAGGGACGUCUUCAAUCUUGGAACGAUCCACGGUGCUCGAUGUAUCAACAUGGAGAACGAGAUUGGGAGCUUGACAGUGGGCAAGAAGGCGGAUAUUGUUAUUUAUGAUGCUACUUCGCCCGGUCUGCUGGUCGCUGCGGAUCGGGAUCCGGUUGCGGCCAUUGUUCUUCAUAGUUCGAUUCGGGACAUUGAUGCCGUUAUUGUUGAUGGAGUGAUUCGGAAGGAGGGCGGGAAGCUCAAGGAUGUGUUGAUUGCACCUGAUAUUGAGGCUAAAGAGGAAAAUCAUGGUCAGAGAGUACAGUGGGCAGAGGUGGCUCGACGUAUUAGGGAAUUGGGCGUGCUUAUGGAUGAAAAGAAGAAGGCAACGGUUGAUGAUGAAGUUGCCAGGGCUGCGAUUAUGGAGGCAUUCCAUCUUAAUGCCUCUGCAUGGGCUGACACUAUCUAA